GUGGACAACCACGUUUUCGUAGUAUGUGGGAACAGUAUUGCCAGGGCGUAAAUGCAAUAGUAUUCGUAAUUGAUUCCGCCGAUCAUGAGAAAUUGGGAGCUGCACGAACUGAAUUACGUAACCUUCUGGAAAAGCCACCACUCGCAAGCAUUCCAGUCUUAGUCUUGGGUAAUAAAAACGAUUUACCAGAAGCUUUACCCGUCGAGAAUAUUAUUGAUGAAAUGUAUGUGCUAAAAUUUCCCAAAUAUUGUCAUA